CCCCGCCCCGGGCGCGGCCGCCAGCUCCGUGCCGCGGGCUGCGGUCGGUGCCGGUUGCGGGGGGGAUGUACGCGGGGAGGAAGAGGAAGAAGCCGGUGCCUAAGCGCCCCAAACCACCACCCCUUGAGGGUGUGAAGUCCAACCCCUCCAAGCGGCACCGGGACCGGCUCAACCAGGAGCUGAGCAAGCUGACUGGGUUGCUGCCCUUCCCUGAGGAUGUGCGCACCAGGCUCGACAAGCUCUCCAUUCUGCGCCUGGCUGUUGGGUACCUGAAGGUGAAGAGCUACUUGCUGGCCACAGCUAUGGAUGUCGGUGACUACAUGCUGGAGCAGCCCCGAGCCCCCGGAGGGAGCAGAUGGAUGAGCCCACAGGUCAACAGGGAGCUGUUUCCUGAGGGGGAACUGCUGCUCCAGGCACUCAAUGGGUUUGUCAUCGCUGUGACGGGAGAUGGUUGUAUCUUCUACAUCUCCCCUACUGUGCAGGACUACCUGGGCUUUCAUCAGUCGGAUCUCAUCCACCAGAGUGUGUACGAGCUGAUCCAUACGGAUGACAGAGCUGCCUUCCACCACCAACUGCACAGGGCUCCAGUGUCCAGCAGCAGCCCGCAUGCCUUUCCCAUGGAGCUGCUGGCUGGAUGCAGCACCACAUCCAGCCCCGAGGAGCCCUCCUUCAUGGAGAGAAGCUUCACCUGCCGCUUCCGCUGCUUGCUGGAUAACUCCUCGGGAUUUCUGGCCUUGCGUUUCCAUGGGCGCUUGAAACGCCUCCUUGGGCAGCAGAAGUCACCAUCAGACAGGUCUCCAUUUGUCUUCUUCGCCAUCGCAACUGUCCUUCAGCCAUUCUCCAUCCUGGAGCUCCGGACCGAGACGCUGAUCUUCCAGACAAAGCACAAGCUGGACUUCACCCCUGUGGCCUGUGAUUCCCAGGGGACUGUUGUCCUGGGGUACACGGAAACAGAGCUCUGCAGGAUUGGGUCUGGGUACCAGUUUGUGCACGCCGCUGACAUGAUGUACUGUGCCGAGAGCCACAUAAGAAUGAUGAAGACAGGGGAGAGUGGGCUGAUAGUCUUCCGGCUCCUGACCAAGAAGGGUGCCUGGGUGUGGGUGCAGGGCAAUGCCUGGCUGGUGUACAAGGGGGGCAAACCCGACUGCAUCAUUGCCCAGCAGCGAGCCCUCUCGGAUGAAGAAGGAGAGGAGAAUCUGUGGAAGAGAAACCUGCAGCUGCCUUUUACUUUUGUGACGGGGGAAGCGAUCUUAUACAGGAAUGACCUUCCUGAGACCCUGGACUCCUUCCAGGCAAAGGAGGAGCCACAGAUACAAGCACACUCCCACCCAAAGCAGUGCUUGGUAGAUCCCAACCCUCUUCUUGGGCCCGUGAUAAUGCAGGAUGCAUCCAUAUACAGCUCCCAUGCUGAUAAUGUGCUUCAGCUCAUUGCUGAGCUUGAUGGCCUGAGUCAGGAUGAAGGAGUCAGUGAUGCCAAGGACAGUGACUCCCUCCUGGUCAUUAUUGAGACCCUCUUUGAGAAGAGUGAGGUGGAUGGAAACAUCUCCCAGGCACUGCAGAGCCUCAACAUGGACACUGCAGAGCUGCAGUGGUGGGAGGAUGCUCUGCUCAGUUUGGGUGCAGAGAAGUCACCAGCUCAGGAGAUUGGCACUGAAGUGGCAUCCUACAUGGAGCAGAUGUUCCUUGGGCAGGAUGUUGGGAAGAGCAUGGCAUUCCUACUCUGCAAUGAGGAGGAUGGUGCUGCAGCUCAUCUCCAGCACUGCUGGGCAGCUCAAUCAGUGUUUCAAGGCCCAGCACAGACCCAAGCACCUGGUGCCCAAGGCCAAGAUGCUGUGGUCCCUCUGGUCUCCAUCAGCUCUGCUCAACUAGAGCAACAGGUUCUGUCUAACUCAGCUGGGCUGGUGGAGGGCACUGUUCUGAAUGCCCCAUUUGAGCUGGCAAAGCCAGGACAAGGGCUUCAAGCAGGAGUUCCCACCUCUGCUCCUAUGGAUAACACUGUUCCUAAUGAUGACAUCCAGCCUGGGGGCAAGCUGGUGGGCUCAAGCUGCCCACCACCAUUGCACUCAAACACACCAGUGACCCAGUGGCACAAUGUCCCUGUUCAGGCAAACCCAGGCAAUGCUUUGGGGCAGAGCACUUCUGGAGGCUGCCAGCCGGACGCUUGGAUAGCUCUGAAACAUCUGGAAGAAGCAGAAAUACAUCUGGAGUCCCAGUCUGUGCUGGCUGGCAGGCCCAAGAGCCUCCCAGGGGCUGAGUUGUUGUUGCUGCCCUCCCAACCUGCUCCUUGCCCUGCACAGAGCUUGCAUGAGUCUUUGUUCUCCCAGGGGGACCUCCAUGAGGAGGAGGCUGUUCUCCCUGCAAGAGCAUCACCAGAGGAUGGGGACUUCCCCAAAGGGCCCCAUAUAUCUCACCUAGAGCCCAGCUUGUCCUGGGAAAGGGAGCAGGCAGUGUUCCAAGAGGACAAAUGGUCCAUGCAGUGGCUGCUGCAGGCUGGGGCAGCUCCUUGUUGCAGUGGGGCACGUCCAGUGCAGCACAGCAGCCUCCUGCUGGGGUCCAGUGUUGGACCCACACUGCCAGACCACGAUGUGCUGCCCGAGUGCCAGUAUGGAAAUAGCCUUUUCAGCCAUGAAAGCAACUUCUUCAGGGAUACCCAAGACAUCCCUUCCCCAGCAUCCUGUUGCUUUGCCUUUCCCCAGUGAAAGCCACCCUGAAACAUCACCAGGCUAGUAUUUGAGGUUCUCAGCAUCUCUUCCUACAAAGGUGGGUGCAGGAGCACUCGAGCAGGGUCCUGGCUUCCCAUCAGCAUCCUCCUUCAUGGGUGGGCAACCUCUGUGUGCCUGUGAGGUCCAGCUUAAGGUGAGGUGUGAGGGCUGCAGGACCUGAGGGGUGCCCCAGCUCUCAUGGAUAGAGCGAGAAGUGGUACCCAGGGGAUGCAGGCACAGCAUCCUUUGUGGGCAGCCUGGGUUUGAAGCAUCACUGUGAACUAGGAGCCACAUUUUGAAGAGCCACCAGCAAUUGGGAGCAUUCUGGCCAUGCAUCGCCUCUGAGUGCUUCCUGGUCUCAGGAAUUGUGUCUUCCAGUGCUUGAAAUGGAGUUCCCUAGCAGAGCUUUCAGGCAGCCUAAGGUGAAGUGUUUUGUUCAUUUAGUUGGGUUUUUAACAGGUCUUUAAGGGAGAUGCAGCCAUGCCAGCAAAGAGGAUGGCAGACUUUGAGGAUCCAAGGAAGGACACAUUGUUUGCUGGCCUGUGUGCUCAUGGCAACCUCUUGCAGAUGGACCUGCUGCUUUACAUGCAAUGUAGCACUGGAUUGCUGUUUCUCAAUGCAACAUGGGCUCCUCCUCACCUCUGUGAUGAGGACCACCCUUGCCAUGUUGGGUUCCCUGCAGUAUCUCAGCCUGCCUGAGUGUGCUUGCUCCCCAUCCCCUGCAGUCUUCAUUUCCUCUCCCUGUUCCUCUGGAAAAGGGAUGUUAUCAAGCACUUGGAGAAGCUCAGCAGCAUCUGCAGGGUCUGUAUGGGAUCUGGAGUUGGUGAGCAGAGGCAGCUGGGUUUGGGCUAUUCAACAGGGACUUUGGGAGAGGUGGGUACCAACCUGUUGAGACGUUUCUGGGCAGGAGGGUGAGGAAGUUCCAACCAAGCUCCUCCUUAGCUCAGAGUGGUUGGGAGAAUCAUCCCUUCUGCCUUUCACACCUAGUGGUAAGCCUG